CAUGAAUCCGAUUUGAAUAAAUUUUUGAUAGGAAAUCCUUGAUCUGUUGUGUCUUGUUACCAUGGCAACGAGAUAGGUAAUCGACUAACAUGAAUAAAGACGGAGAUAGAGAGGCAGGGUUAGGUAACCAAUACUCCUAAACCACUCACCCACACGGGACGGAGGAGAGAGGCAGGAGUUAUUUUUUUGUUUCAAUUCUACAGUUUUUAUUUUUAUCAUAAGAUAGAUAAUAAGUUGAAAUCGAACACUUCCAAAAUGCCAUUCACGCCAGAAUUGCUGAUCAAGCAGUAUGUCUACCCGAUCUUCUUUGCUUCCAACCAAGAGGAACUGAUUUAUCGCAUGUGUUAUGGCACUGUCAUCUAUGCCAUCCUGACCCUGUUGCUGCCCACCCCUGCCCCUUAUGGACGGUACAGCAGCAGCAAAUUCGGCUUCGGGGUUCCUGUGCGGUGGGCAUGGCUCAUACAGGAAUGCCCCUCCUUCUUCGUGCCCUUCAUCCUGGCUGUGUAUGGAAG